AUGGAGAAUUUCGACACCUACCAGACACCGCUUUCAAGCCGCUAUGCGAGCAAGGAAAUGGCUUACCUUUUCUCUCCGGCCAACCGCUUUCGAGCAUGGCGGAAGUUGUGGCUCAGCCUGGCCAUCGCUGAGAAGGAGCUUGGUCUCUCGAUCCCGGACGAAGCGAUCGAACAGAUGAAGGCGAACCUCGACCUCGACGCAGCGCAAUUUGAGAUUGCCGCACAAGAAGAGAAGAAACGCCGUCAUGAUGUAAUGGCCCACGUCCACACGUUCGGUCAAGUUGCCCCGGCGGCUGCGGGUAUCAUCCAUUUGGGCGCAACGUCUUGUUACGUGACGGAUAACGCGGACCUCAUCUUCAUCCGCGAGGCGUUAACAUUCCUCUUGAAGAAGCUUGCCGUCGUCAUUGACAGGUUCUCUGCCUUCGCCGCGCAGUAUCGCGACCUCCCCACUCUCGGUUUCACUCACUUCCAGCCAGCACAGUUGACGACUGUCGGUAAGAGGGCUACGCUAUGGCUGCAGGAGUUGCUGUGGGACCUACGCAACAUCAAGCGAGCGCGAGAUGACAUUGGCUUCCGGGGAGUCAAGGGUACAACCGGUACACAAGCCAGUUUUCUCGCUUUGUUCGACGGCGACCACGAGAAGGUCGAGGAGCUCGACCGCCGUGUUACAGAACUUUCCGGGUUCGGCUACGCAUACCCGGUUACCUCGCAGACAUAUUCCCGCAAAAUUGAUGUCGAUGUCCUCGCUCCUCUUGCGAGUCUUGGCGCUACUGCGCACAAGCUCGCAACAGACCUGAGAUUGCUCGCCAAUUUGAAGGAAGUCGAGGAGCCCUUCGAAUCGACUCAGAUCGGCUCGUCGGCCAUGGCGUACAAGCGCAACCCCAUGCGCUCGGAGCGCAUCUGUAGCUUGUCCCGACAUCUGAUGGUCCUCCACCAAAACGCCCUCAUGACCUCCAGUGUGCAGUGGUUCGAGCGCACUCUUGACGACAGCGCGAACCGCCGCAUCACCUUGCCCGAGGCGUUCCUUACAGCGGACAUUGUGCUCACAACGCUGCAGAAUGUAUCCGAGGGACUUGUCGUGUAUCCGAAGGUCAUUGCCCGUCGCAUUGCGCAAGAGCUGCCCUUCAUGGCUACAGAAAACAUUAUCAUGGCCAUGGUCAAGCAAGGCGGCGACCGGCAAGAGGCGCACGAGAAGAUUCGCGUGCUCUCCCACGAGGCAGGACACCAGGUAAAAGCACUGGGCCUUGAGAAUGACCUGAUUGACCGCGUCAAGGCGGACUCGUAUUUCGAUCCGAUCAAGGGGCAGCUUGACGAGUUGUUAGAACCCAAGAGUUUCAUCGGACGCGCCCCGGAGCAGGUGGACAAAUUCUUGAAAGAAUGGGUUCAGCCUGCGCUUGCUGACGAGGAGCUGAAAGCGAGCAUUCAGCAAGGCGAGAAAGCCGAGUUGCACGUCUAA